AUGGAACAGCUGCCCUUCGAGGAGAGACUGAAAGGGCUGAAGCUCUUCAGUCUGGAGGUGAGAGGGUUGACAAGGAGGAGUAUGGUUGAGGUUUACAAAGUUAUGAAGGUAGAGGUCCAGGUGGAUGUGUACCUUCACUUACCAAAUGCCACACCACUAGAAACUGGGAUGCUCAAGGAAGUUUGUAGGAGAUUCAGAAUGGAUGCAGCACUUCCUUAUCUGGCUUUUGGAGAACUUCCAGAAUAUUCUGUCAUUCGAGCGAUGAGGGCAGACAGCAGCAGGAGUUUCAAAAGGUUUUAUUUUUAUUCUCUGUCCAAGUUGGAUAAUGGAGAUGAGCAAGCAGCCCAGAUCAGACGUGAACUAGAUGGGCGACUACAACUGGCAGAACAAAUGGCAAGGGAAAGAAAAUUCCCCAAAUUUGUAACAAGAGAAAUGGAGAACUUGUACAUAGAAGAGUUGCGGUCUUCAGUGAAUUUGCUGAUGGCAAAUUUGGAAAGUCUUCCCGUGUCUAAAGGUGGGCCAGAAUUUAAACUGCAGAAGUUAAAGCGAUCACAGAAUUCUGCAUUCCUGGACAUAGGAGAUGAAAAUGAGGUUCAGCUGUCAAAGUCUGAUGUGGUCCUUUCCUUCACGUUAGAGAUUGUUAUAAUGGAGGUGCAAGGUUUAAAGUCAGUCGCUCCCAAUCGAAUUGUCUACUGCACCAUGGAAGUGGAAGGGGGUGAGAAGCUUCAGACAGACCAAGCAGAAGCUUCUAGGCCACA